UCAGACAUCGUCAGAGUGAUCUUGUCUUCAUAGAAAUACCACUGUACAAAGAACGCGCUAGCCACCUCUACCUCGGGAACGCGCAUUAGCCUCUAAAGUUUGCCAGUCUGUCUACGAGCAGGUGAAGCUGCCUCUGGAUUAAAGACCGGACUACUUAACACUUGAAACGAUGUGGAAGUCAGCAGUGGGACACAAUGUGGCCAUGAAGGUGGAAUCAGAGGGAGAUGACUGGGAGACUGAUGCGGAUUUUGAGAAUGAUGUAUCUGAGCAGGAGCAGAGAUGGGGCUCCAAGACCAUAGAGGGCUCAGGGCGGAAAGAACACAUCAGUGUGGCAGAGCUCAGACAGAAGGUGUCUCAGGAGCAUGCCGGGGUGAAGAGGAGGGAGCUGGAGCAGGGUCCAAAGGCCUCGUACGGCUACGGGGGCAAAUUUGGAGUGGAGAACGACCGCAUGGACAAGGUGGCAAUGGGGAAUAGCUAUGUGGCCGAGGUGGAGCAGCACUCCUCUCAGACCGACGGAGCACAAGGAUUUGGUGGGAAGUAUGGAGUGCAGAAGGAGCGCGUGGAUAAGUCAGCUAUGGGCUAUGACUACAAGGCAGAGGUGAAGGAACACGCCUCACAGAAAGAUCAUUCCAAGGGCUUUGGGGGAAAGUAUGGAGUCGACAAGGGGAAAGUGGACAAAGCUGCCAUGGGUUACGAUUACAAAGGAGAAACAGAGAAACACCAGUCCCAGAAAGACUAUUCCAAGGGCUUUGGGGGAAAGUAUGGAGUCGAGAAAGAGAAAGUGGACAAAGCUGCCAUGGGUUACGAUUACAAAGGAGAGACAGAGAAACACCAGUCUCAGAAAGAUUACUCCAAGGGAUUUGGGGGCAAGUAUGGAGUGGAGAAAGACAAGGUUGACAAAGCAGCUUUGGGCUAUGACUACAAGGGACAGACCGAAAUGCACCAGUCUCAGAAAGGUGAUGAAAAACCUUUAACAAAAGCAAAAAUUCUGUGUUUGCAGGUUGCAUCUUUACGAAUAAUAGGUAGAAUACCUUUCAGUAAUACAAUAGCAAGGUGUCAUACAAAACGCUUCUCUCAUACUCUCAUAGAUUAUACCAAAGGCUUUGGAGGACGAUAUGGUGUGGAAACAGAUCGCAUGGAUAAGAGUGCAUCCACUUUCACUGACAUGGAGUCCCCGACUUCGGCCUAUGAGAAGACCCAACCACUGGAGGCCUCCACUGCCAGUGCUGGAGCAGGGAAUCUGAAGGCCCGUUUUGAGAACAUGGCCCGCGCCUCAGACGAGGAGAACCGUAAACGGGCUGAUGAGGAGAAGGCCAGGAGGCAGGCUAGAGAGAAGAGGGAGCAGGAGGAGGCCAAACUCAGACAGCAGGAGCAGAUCAGUAGGGAGGAAGUAGAGCCAGAGCCCGAGCCAGAGGAACAGAGCCCCCCUCCCCCCCUGAAGGCUUGCAAGCCCCCCCAGAUGACCAGGGCUCUCCCUGAAGCUCCCAGAGGCGUGCCUGAGCCCCCCCAGAUGACCAGGGCUCUCCCUCAAACUCCCAGAGACGAGCCUAAACCAGUGGCACAAGAAGAAGAUGAGCCUGAGUAUGAGGAGCCACCAUGUCUGCCCCCUCGCUCCACGGACCUGUUAGAGGAUACUGACCCAGAACCAGAGCCAGAGCCGGUCCAGGAGGAUGAUGAUCCUGAAUAUGAGGACAUCGGGGUUCCCCAGCCUGAGCCUGUCCAGGAUGGCGAUGCUGACUAUGAGGACAUCGGGGUUGCCCUGAUCCCAGCUGAUGAUAGUACUUAUGAAGAAUUGCCUGUUGGAACAACAGCCAUUGCCCUCUAUGACUAUCAAGGACAGGAUGACGACGAGCUCUCAUUCGACCCGGACGACAUCAUCACAAACAUCGAGAUGGUGGAUGAGUCAUGGUGGAAAGGCACGUGUCACGGGCGCACUGGCCUUUUCCCAGCAAACUACGUGCAGUCAAACUGAACUCUGUCCAGCACCCUCUCAAUCAGUGGUUCCCAUACUUCUCAUGGCAGCCCCCGCCCUUGGACAAUGAAAAAUGAAAUGCACUCGUGGGUGUUAGCCUCCUUGCUAGCAGGCCCGUCUCCUAUGCCCAAGGUUGUGAGUUUGAGUCCGGGGCAGGCCUCUUCUUGGCUACACAACGCAGGCUAAAUGUA